AGCCAGACAACUUACAUAUCGCACGAAUGACGCGACCAAUUCGCCGAGUGAUACCGACGGCAUUGCUCGUCGAAAGUGCCGGUCUGCCCAGCCCGCUUCCGAGAUCUGCGCGACAGUACAGUGCCGCCGCAACGGCUGGAGGCAGGCCAUCUGAACCAAAAGCCGAGUCGGAAGGCCAAGCCGAGAUACAAUCGAGCAUUGACAUACCAUCUAGCCGUCACAGGGCAUCACAGUCAAUAUCAGGAAGAAGUCGCAUACUCAGAAAGACACAGCCGUCGGCUCUCCCGCCUGUUGUUCUACCUGCGACUUUCGUGGAUGAUAAUGUCACUGUGCAUGCCAGCAAUUCGCAGCCCCGACUUGCGCUUGCACUGAUUGAGGAUGCGAAACGAGAGAGAACAUCGAAAUUUCCGCCGGCGAAUGCUACACAGAAUGCAAGCACGGCCUCAUUUACAGCGUCAUACUUUGACUCGGCGUUGAAUUUAUUGCUUCUGAAAGACAAGACCUUUGCAGCGGACCUAGAUGCAUUCUACGAAGAUCCCACCAAGGCCCUCCAUGACUGGGAAUCCAAUGAAACAAUAAAGAAAGUCACACGUGUCUGGGAUAUGAUAAUUGACUCGACCGAGCAUUCUAUUGCCGCACUGGAUACAUCGCGACAAUCAAAGUACACCUACAGGGGAAGACCUUUUUGGUGGUGGCAUCUCCACAAAGAUCUUGACACAAAGUCUGGGACAGUCGAAGGACGAGCUAGAUUCCCUAUUUCACGUCUAAGAAAGCAUAUUGAUCUCAACUACCAACUCGACCACUCCCUCUCUCAUGCAAUAGGCGACUUACCAACAGAGACUUUUGCGCUGUUUUGCGAUGCCCUUGGUGCGGAAUUGAAAACCCCAGCUACUGAGGUCUCCCUAUCAAACAGCAGCAAACGACCGAUCAAUAUUUUAUCCAUGUCAGGUUACAGCGGGAAGGGUAUAUCUGAAACCAUAGCAUCACACAUUGCGUUUGUGGAAGGCGCAGACUUGAUUCGCCUGGAUGCUCAGGACCUAGCUACAGUUGUAGGAAAUUAUCUCGGGCAGAAUAUUGCAUUCUCUAGAGGUGGCCUCUCAACGCUGGGAUAUCGCACCGCACUCGCGAAUGGCAAGUUGAUGCAGAAUGCGUCUUUAUCAUCGAGACAUGAAGUUGAUGAAGAUGACACGGACAACACGGUUAUAACGGCCCGUAUUGCAGGGCUCAAGUCUCUUGAAGAAGAUCUACAGAAAAUUAAAGAAGGAGGGUUCGAUUGUUUUACCAAAUGGGAACAUCUAAAGAUCGACAAAGCUCUACAGAGCAUCAUUCAAUCUAUCUUGCCGACGUCUGAAACAAAUGAUGAACCACCAGUCUUAGUUCAUAUUCACGACAUUGUGGAGCUAAGCAUGACACUUGAAGGGUCUAUUUUGCUGAAUAGCCUGCGUAAAGUAGUUGAUAAUGCCUGGAGGAAUGGCCGACGUAUUGCUAUCAUUGGCACAUCAUCUACAGAACAACCCUCGGACGAGUAUCAGGAUGCGGUCCUGGAACUAUCUCAGUCCGACUUUGUAGUAUCGCGUCAUAUGGAUAUCAACGCUACCGUUCACACAGAUAGUGUUUUGGAUGGAGAUAUCCAACCGAGCUUGCAAAGAACUGAUAUUUUUUUUGAAAAUGCGCAGAAUAUCAGAAGGAUGAUUCAUGCAUUAAAGCCAGAAGCUAAAGCUCCUUCCCUUGAAGAAUUUUCGACUUUUCUUCCAUUCAGCAUAUCGAUGCUAUGCAACUCUAUCUUGCCUGUUCCGGAGGUAUACCAGCUCGCUCGUUCUAUCUGUCACAAUGGACCGGAUUCCGAACUUGCACUCAGAAACACCCUUAUGGAGCGUGUAAAAAUGGGGCCAAUGAGCCAAACACCUGGUAAAAAGCUGCUGGAUGAAGACAGCGCUGAUUCAAAGUCGGCGUCAGAAAAAGCUCCCGGAGCAGACGAUGCAAAGACUGAGACCCGUGCGCCAGUAAAGCUCAACGAAUACGAGAAGCGUAUUGCAGUUGGCCAAAUCAACAAAGAGAACCUUAGGGUUACCUUUGCGGAUGUUCACACGACACCAGAAACAAUCUCAUCGCUCAAGCUCCUCACAUCUCUUGCGUUGGUUCGCCCAGAUGCAUUCUCUUACGGUGUUCUCGCUGCGGACAAAAUCCCCGGUUGUCUCUUGUACGGCCCCCCCGGCACUGGUAAGACAAUGUUGGCAAAGGCUGUGGCCAAGGAGAGCGGAGCAAAUAUGCUUGAGAUUAGUGGCGCUACUAUCAACGACAAAUAUGUUGGCGAGAGCGAGAAGCUGAUCCGUGCUGUUUUCACAAUGGCUAAACGACUCUCUCCGUGCGUUGUGUUCAUUGAUGAAGCCGACUCUUUACUUGCCAACCGAAGUAUUCAAAAUCAAAGAGCAUCUCAUAGGGAGCAUAUCAACCAAUUUCUAAAAGAGUGGGAUGGCAUGGAAGAAACAAACGCGUUUAUCAUGGUGGCCACGAACCGGCCUUUUGAUCUUGAUGAUGCCGUUUUGCGACGUCUCCCUAGACGGCUUCUUAUUGACCUACCGCUCCAGGAAGACCGUGUUGCUAUCUUCAAUCUGCUUCUUAAAGAUGAGACCCUGGAAGAUGGCAUAGACAUCCAAGACUAUGCUAAACGAACACCUAAUUAUUCUGGAUCGGAUCUAAAGAACUUGUGCGUUGCUGCUGCUAUGGCAGCAGUGGAGGAAGAGAACAUCGAGGCUGAACGCCAUACUGGCCCUGAACCGUUUCAGUAUCCGACUCGACGAGUUUUGAAGCACCAUCACUUUGAAGAAGCACUCAAGAACAUUCCUGCUAGUAUUAACGAAGACAUGGCGUCUCUCAAGGCUAUUCGCAAUUUUGAUGAACAGUAUGGAGGCAAGAGAGGGAAGAACAGAAGAUCAGCAAUGGGUUUUGGGGUUGUAGACGAAAGUAAGCCAGAGACAAAAGAGGCCCGUGUACGUCAAGAUUAG